GCAUGGGGUUCCACGAGCAAACAUUACGCAGUGCUGAGCAAUUUUCCUAUUCCGAAUAAUGUCGGCGGAGGAAAACAUUCCCACGGCCCUUCUUCCUAGAAGCAUCAAAAGGGCCCUUGGGCCGGAUGGCUCUCCUCCCCACCGUCGUCUUCGUCGUCUCCAACGCCAUGGGUUUCUUCACCUACUUCCACUACUCGUCAAAGUUGCAGACUGUCGUCGUCAAAGACCUGGGGUCAUCGCAGGAUGCCCAAGUCGAAUCCUCGGCGGGACCUUUGCCCAUCAGCUCGAAUUCCGAAUACCAGCCACGUAGCCAGCAGUCCGUAUCGGCUGAUGUGAUGUCGAGCGACGAGGUGACAGUUGAUAUCAUGCCCGGGCCUUUCCCGAUGGAAGAGACGGCACUCCCUCGGACACAAAAACGUCACUUAUCAUUUUAUCCGUUUGGGCGACGCCGGCGUAAUCAUAACGACCACAAGCGUUCACUGUCCGCCGCAGAGGAGCACGAGAAGAAGGUUGAUGCAUCCUCGGCGGCGUUGUCCAAGCAUUUCCUCUUGUCGUCCAAGGCGAAGUCGGACAAGCGGGCCAAGCAGUCGGCAGAGGUCGUACGCGCUCUCAUCGUCGGACAGGGCGGCAGGUCAACCAAGGGCUCUCCAGCAAAGCCCAUGGUGAGUCAGGUCAAGUCUGAGCUUAUGAAGCCCAAGACCGCCAACAGGGUCAUUGCGUACCUCCGUGACCUCUCAGUUGAGGACUUGACAAUGCAGGUCUCGCCACCUCCGCGUCGGAAGAAGGGCCCUAUACGUGCUGUUUGCCUUGCUAACACUGAUGAGCGGGAGCACGAACUUCACUUUGCUCAAAUCAAUUCCGACGUCGGGGUGUCAGAGAAACAGACGUUUGGCGAGUUUAGCGUAGCCGCAGCACCGGCCGACAAGUUGUCUCAAAUGUUUGACGAAAUGCACAUCGUUGAUCUCAUCCGGUCUCCCGACCUUGGGUUGGGUCAACCGGGUGAUGGGGAGGGUCUCUUGGCUGGCGCAGUACCCACGGCUGAAACGGUUCUCAACGGUAUCCAGCAGAUAACCCCUCAACUGAUGGCUUUAGGAUAUGCGACAGGCAAAGCAGUGCUUCCUGAUCAUACAGGCGUGUAUCCUCCCACUGAUAGGAUGUCUGUCUUGACCUACUGGUGGGGUCUUGAGGUCGCGCUUCCUCCUCCAACGUUAGCUUACCUAGGCAACGUGCAUUCAAUAUCCAACGCCAUCGUCAAUUUUAUGUCUGCCCUGGCUUUGGUCAGCAACGGCGCGCGAGAGAUCUUGCCUUUUGUUCGAUACAUUUCUCAAUUCGUCGACUUUGAAUUCGACGCCAUCAAGGCGCAGAAUAAAGGUCGCGGAGUUGUCUGUGCUGCAACUUGGAUCAUGCCUGCGGCCAUGGUACCAAGGCCGUGGGAUUUUAACCCUCCGCCUGCUGGCCUAAUGUCUUCUGUAGAAAUGUCACCGCAGGAGCAAGACGAAUCAGAUACAGCUCCUGCUACGCCAGUACUUCCUAGUCCACCAAGGACUCUGAUCCCGAAAGUCAUGGUCACUACGCCGUCCUCUUCCCCGGAAUCCAUCGCUCCUCGUACCUCGCCUGCCGCUCUGGUUACACCUAUGAUUUAGUAUGCCCUCGUUAAUGAUUUUCCUUCCAUAUCUCUUUGAUGUCGUAUUAUGGACCACGAUCACGAUGACGAUUA